CUUACUUGAUCUUUGACAUUUUUGACAACUAUAGUUAAUUAAAAUAUUUUUGCUAACUCAUCCACCUAAAAAUUUUCGGAAGCUCCAAAUCAUUUAAUAACAAACAUGAAAGAAGAUAUUUCAACUGCUACUAGUAAUGAGAGUAGCACAUCACUGACAAAAAUUUUCCAAGAGUUGGCCAAAUUAGAAAAAGAUUUCCGAUAUCAAGAAACAUUAUAUAAAAUCAAAGCAGAAGAGUUGGAUAAAGUCACCGCUACUAAUAAAAUAUUAAAGGAACAUUUAGAAACUGCUUAUUCCGAAAUAGAAACGUUACGCAAUAAACUUCAAAUUUUGGAAAAGAAAUUUCAUGAAUUCGAAAUAGUAUGUACACAAGAAAAAGAAUUUUGUGCACAAGUCGUCCAAAAACUAACAAACAAGAUAACACACAUGAGUGAUGAACAAAAAUCUACAUUGGAACAACAAGAAGCGCGCCGCAAACAUAUCAGGAGUGAACUGCAAGAAGAACACAAUUUAUUCAUAAACGAAUUACAACGAAGGCACGGAGAGACGUUGCUGGAGUUGGAACAAGAACUGGAACAAAAAUCAAAUCAAAUAAGGCAGCAGCAAACUAAAUUAGAUUUUACUAUGGAAGACAAUCUUCUUUUACAGGAUAAGUUGCGAAAGAUGCAGCAGGAAUAUUUACCGGUAGAAGCAUAUAAAACACAAUUGAAAAACUUGAGCACAACAAAUGAAAAACUAAAAACGCAGUGUACGCAAAUAAAGAAGGAAUAUCGAGCAUUGUUAAAUGAUAACACACACUUAAAACAGCACAACGAACAAUUAAAUGACGUAGUCAGUGAUUACAACAAGAAUAAAAUGCAAUUGGAAGCAGAAAAAAAAGAUCUGCAACUAGUGACAAGCAAAGUUCAGUUAAAACUCAAUGAAAUGAAGGAAGAAAGUGACCUACUGCAAAACCAAUGUAAUAUUCUACGCGAAGAAAAUUCAAAGUUAUCCAAAGAAUUAGAAUUAUACAAAGGAGAUUACUGCAAUAUAGAUAUGCACCGCAAUAUAACAGAACAAAAUAAAAUAUUACAGGAAUUAGUAAAAGAAAUGCGCAAGGAGCGCAUGAAAUGCACAGGGGACCAACUUCAAACUAAUUUAGAUGAAACAGAAGAACGUAUUAAACGCCUGGAAGAGCUCAUCUACGAAUUGAAAAAGGUAUUAGUAUACAGACUUAAUUUAAGUUAAAAUGUUUACAAGUGUUGACUAGCAAUUACUAUUACAUUUCUUAUUUGAAAAUAUCUACACACAGCGUUUUGAAAACUAUUUAUUUAAUUUGUAUGAUAUCUGAUGCAAUAUGCAUCGCGCAUACUACCUUCAUUAACACACGCACGUGUUUAUAUCAGCCCAACAAACGAUUUCUAGCAUAACGAAAACAAUUCCUGCAUUUAUUCAACAUUUAAACAAUAAUUAUGGCAACAAGUUAAAUUAAUCACAAUGCUCGCGCAGAAUGUAAUGCUCGGACGCAUCCAGAGAUUCCAUCUAAGAGUGUAUUAUUAACAAUUGUUUGAAAUCAUCAAAAGAUAGUCAAUAAACAAACAUAAACAGGAUGUAUUAAAGUAACAAAAAAAUAAAUUUUCAGUGUGCGUUGAAUCCGAAAAAACAUUUCAUAUGUAAGAAACCAGAUAAUGGACCGUACGAACCAGGACAAUGCCCGUACAUCGACAAAAAAAUCUAAUAAAAAGUGGUUGUGUUGUGAUCAAUCGCUUCCAAUUAACAGAACAGCUUCGCUUCAUUGUGUCCUAUAUAAAAAUGUACAUAGUAAAUAUAUAUUUCUGUAUUAACA